GGAUGCGUUCCAACAAAGAGGGUGAAGCGGAACUACAUCACAUUUAGCGUGUUUUCUAUGUGAAGAAGUAUUUUUUAUUCAAUUGGAGAGCAAUGAAGAUGAGGCCUUCGGGCGAACAGGUUCAGGAGAGCACCUUCUGCGACAUCCUCCACAAUGCUGUUCUUCAGGUGUGCAGGGAGAAGUACUGGGCAGACUCACCUGACUGGGAGGUGGAUGGAGUCAUUUGUAUCUCUGUACCUCACUCCCAGGAACAACAUGUGGUGAAAAUCCAUCAAAAAUUUCCUUCAAAUUCCAGCAAACACUUUGAUGACAGGUGUUAUGAAUGUGAUAGAAAGUCAAAAGAUGUACCAUUGCCUGCAAACGAGGAAACUACAAAGAGACACUUCAGUGAGAGUGUAGAGGAAGAUGAUUCUAGUUAUCGCAAUGUGUCCGUUAUUGACUUAGAGCAUGCCAGUACACAGCCAAACCCAGCACGAACUUGUGGCCAAGGAACAAUUCCUCAGAGUCUGCCUAGUCCGGAAAGGGAACAUGACCAAAACUCCCACAACUUCUAUGCUAGUCCUGAUCUCAGUGGUUUUGGGCCCAAUGUGCACAGACAGAAAGACGAACAUUUGAAAAAUUCUGGUGGUCAGUCACAUUCUAAAUCAAACAAUCGCACCAAAGAUCAGGAACAUUCCUCAUCCUUUACAAGCCAUCCAAGAGAGACAACUCCGCCAAGGAAAAAGACAAAAACAAAGCCAGAAGAAUAUGUGGUAGUAAAGGCUGAGCCUGAUGAUGACGAGGAUUUUGCUCUCCACAUGGAGUGCAUCGAUGAGAAGGAAAGUGACAAUAUUGUAGAGAUCAAGGAUGAAAAUAAUCAACGUGAUUUGGCAGCAGAGACACAAGAAGACAUUAACUUUUUGUUGAAUGUGGAGGGUGCCAGUGCCUCUCACCAAUAUAACUCAGGAGACCGGUCCUGGUCUCAACGUCUCCCAACUAGCACAGUUACAAGUCAAAUGGACACAAAUUUAUCUCCCAUGAGUGGUCAAGGAUCUCAGGGUUUUAGCAAUCUGAAUCUCCUUACCCAUGGGGUGGACAUAGAGGAUGGCACUAUGAGACUGACCACCAGGGUCCAACAUCCCUCGUUUAUUCCUGGUCAAACUGACUCUAACACGCCAGAACAGAGAACUAUUCCAAGGCCAAGUGGGCAGGACCCGGCUUCCAAUACAAUAGGUGAUGCAACUUUCAAAUCCAUGAUGAAAAUAAAGACAGAGGUCAUUGAUCCAGAAGACCUGUACAGCAUGUCUACAGACAGAAAUUUGACUGAUGAGUCUGAUUAUAACUACAGCAUGCUACUUGGUCAUCCCAGUGACCCCCAUACUCUGUCCACCCCUGGACCCUAUAUGGGCAUGUAUACCAUGAAGCAACUACCUAACACCAGAAAUGUGUCUCGAACUGUGACGGAGCCAGAACAUGGGAUGGAUGAUAAUCAGAGCUGGAGUGCCAACAAAGAGAUUAAAACGAGUGUUUCUGGUACAGGAAAACAGAAAUCAAAGCCUAAAUACCGAGUGCGAGACUAUGUGUGUAAGUACUGUGGUAAGAUUUAUCACCAUACCACCCGAUUGAAAAACCAUGUUAAACAAUACCAUUCGAAACAGAUGAAGAAUGAAACUCUCGGUAGUGCUGCACAGGAAUCAAACGCUGACUCGACCCAGACACAAACUGGGGAAACAGAAGGUGGAGGAAUAACCUGCGGUCGGUCACAUAACAGCAAAUGUCAGCAUUGUAAUAAAACCCAUCGGAAUCUGGAUAAAAACCUUGCUCAGCACGACAUGGAGGUCAAAUGUUAUCAGGAAUUAAUGUCUAGUGGAAGCCAACAGAAAACUGAUCUUCGACUGACUGAGGUUCUGACAGAAGAAAACAAUUAUUAUCUGACAAACGAGGAUUUGGAAGAUGUGGAGCAAAGUGGGAGCAUUAAAGCAACGAAAAUUCCACCAAUAAACCAAGCAAGAUCGGGACGGAGAACAAGGAGCAGCACUAAGCUGAUGCAGGAGGCUCCGAAUGCUCAGACGCAGGAAUCGACUAAGCCUAGGGAUCAGCUGCUAGAUAAUGAUAUUCAACAAGAUCACAUUAGACUAGAAGUUCUGAGUUACCAGAAAGACGAGGAAAUGUGUCGCCGCCAGGUGAUGUUAUCUGGUAUGUUGCUUGGUGACCGCCACUCCCCAACAGACCAGCUUGAUGAUGCAACAUUGAAAAAGAAAACCUUAAAGUCAGGGAAUGAAAAUCAAGUUUCACCCUCAGCACCUGACACAUCAGGAAAUGCGACAGACGGGGCCAAUAUACAGUUUUGGUGUAAAUGUGGCAAGUCUUUUACAUCUCUAUCUACUUUUGUGGUACAUAAGUUUCCAUGUGAAGCUGCUGCUAACUCGGACAAAAUGUAACUGCCAAGGUGACUUGUAUAUCUUGAGAGUACAUCCUCUAGCUUUGUCAAUCAAAUACAUUAGUGCAUUGUUCCUCCAAGUGUCAUGGACAAUCAGGUUAUCUGUAGUUCCCAGUAUACAGUAUUGGGUUUUCAGUUUAACUUUCCACACACCACUGAAGUUGAUCUACAAACUAACAACAUACAAAUUCAACAAGGAUAAAUAAUCAUGACUUUAAGUUAUAUAUCGUAAACAGACAGAAAUGUUAGGGAAUUCAAAAGCAAUCCAUGUAACCUCUGUAAAAGUUUAGUCAUCAUCAGUCGGUUGAUCAAAAAUUGAAUUCAAGAUAAAGAUGAUAUUCAAUAUAUCUUAAAUAAAACUAUAUACCAGUAUGAACCUUGUCAGAAUACCAAAAACAACUUAUAUAAGAUACAUGUACUUUUAUAUACAUGUAUUCAAAUUAAAAAAUAUCCAUAAAUGUUCUGUAGACAAAAAAUGACUUCUAGAUAAACAAGGUACCGGGUACUCACUAUUUAUCUAAAUUAUGGACAUAUGUAUGUAUCUGAAAAUUCAUAAUCUGUUAGAAAUGCAAAACACUACUUCCAGAUAGGAUAUUUCAGAUUUCUGAGUUUGUUGGACAAAUGUUGGAUUCAACAUGAUUCCUGAACUGCAUAAAAUAGAGGAUACUCAUUCAGGUGAGUUGAUUUUCAAGUAUACCCAACAAAUUUCACAAGGUUACGUCAUACUUUUGAUAUUAUCUGAAGUAUGAACUACCAACAUGAACUAAUGAAACCUGUAGCGGUUUCACUAUGAACUGUGGCUGUUUUGUUUCUGCCAGUUUUCAUUGUAAUGGUUCCAUUGUUAUCAUUGUGAACGGUAAAAAGGCUUUCGUAAGUAGUGCUUCAAAUUGGAUACUUUUCAAGUUUGUCAUUUUAAAUGAUGGUCUUUCCUUGUUCAGAUUCCUUUCAGUUACGUUUGCUUAUUUUGUAAAUAGGAAAGUGUUCCAAUUUUAUGAUUGUAAAUUGAUACUGAUUAAAAUUAUAUUUUAUAUGAAUGAACUUGUUCUUCUGUUUUUCUGUUGAGAAUUUCAUCAUAUUGGUUUGUUAAAUUAGGUAGACUGGUAUGUGUACCUGUUUGCUGCAGAAAUAAAAUAUACAAUUGAUAAUAUGGGAUUAAUCCAUAUGAGAUAAGAAAAAUACCUUUUGCUUGCUUCAUUUGCAAGCUCUUUGCUGAAAACAAUGUGUAUUAUAAUUUGAAGCAACCAAACUGUUAAGUUUGUAAUAUCUACCCAGUACUUGUAUGAGCUUGCUGCCUAUAUGACUUCCUAUUGAGGUUAUUAUGUCAGUGACAUGUAGAUGGGGAUUUUCGUUCCCAACUGUCAUCUGAUCUGUGCAGCAUUGUGUAUUGUUGAGAUCAUGGUACAUUUAUGACAUAUCAGCAUUGAUUCUUUUGUAAUGCAUUCUUGAAAUUGAUCCUGUAGUUAUUUUAUGUAAAAUCUGUAUUGCAAGAUUUCAAAUAUGUUUCCAGUGAUUUUUGCUUGAAAGUGUUAUCAAGUGUUUGAAAGCAUUAUGUAUAAGGACAUAUAUGUGAUAUCCUUAUAAGCCAUUCGGUCUUGUGUAUAUACUGGUACAUGCUACUGCACUGUCGCCACUAUACUCACAUCACCUUCAUAUUUGAUCUGAUGUUGUUCUGAAGGUGCUUUCAUUUAGUAUAGUAUUACUAACUAAGCAUGUAAAGAAAGAAGAAAAAUUAGAUUGAAGUUUGAAAUAUAUUUAUUGUUGAUCAAUAGAGAAAAAAUGUAACAUAUGACUGUAACAUAUGACUAUUCUGUGAAGUGGGUUUAUGUGAUUUUUUACAGCAGUAUUAAUCAAUGAUAUCAGUUGCUCACUUCUUUGAAUAUUUUUAUGUUGAUUUACAUCCAAUUUUCCUUUAUUAGAGAUAAAAAUAAUACAUUGGUAAUUAAAACUUUUACACUCUUAAAUAUUUGGUCAUGUGAUACAGAAGAUUUGAGCUGAUCACAUGAUACAAGGAUGUAGUCACAUGAUACACUGGAUUAAGCUGACAUGAUACUCAGGAUAUAGGUCACAGGAUUAAGGAUGCCUUUCUAUGAGAGGAAGGGUUAAUAUGUGCAGUGGCUGUGUUGUGUAUUUGUGACGGAGACGACCCCCAAGCUGAUGUUGUGUAUUAAC